AUAUAAUGAACGAUAGUAUAUCUAUCUUGGUUGCGGUAUUCUUUAUCCUAAUAGCUUUACGCUGGCUACUUGGCGGCAACCAAGGUAAUAGUAACCAAUCUCAACAUGGACGAAGACGCACAACAACUAAUAUGCCUAGAAGAGUGCAACAUCGUGUCACUCCUCAAAUGAUUGAGAUGGUUCGUGCCAUGUUCCCGGAUAUUCCUACAGCUGCCAUUCAGGCGGAUCUACAAAGAACAGGAUCUGUCGAAACUACCGUUGAUAAUGCACUUCGUGAUGGAGGACUUCCUUUGCCAGCUUCCAUGACAAACAAUCAACAAGGUUCAGCUAGUACUAAUACCAAUUCACCUACUACUACUACUACUACUAAUACAGCUACUGGAAACAAUGUACGAAGAAAGUCACCUAGUCAUCCUAAUUUAGUACAAAGAUAUAAAAUUGAUAUUAAUAAUGAUAUGAGUAAGGAGCCACCUAAAGUAUGGGAGAGUAGUCCAGAUAAAAGACAGGAAAUAUUAAGAAAACGUAAAGAGUUCAUGAUUCUUCAAGCAAGAAAGUAAGUAAAACGAAUUUGAUAAAUAAAUGACGUGAAAUUCAUUGUUAACUUGUAUUACAGAAAAUUAUUAGAACAGGAACAAAAAAAGAAGCAACAACAACAACAACAACAAGAAGAAGAAGAUGAUAAUGAUGAGAAAAAAAAUAAAUCAUUUGAUGAUAUGUCUGUCGAUGAGUUAAAUU